AUGACGGCCAAAAAACCCAUCCACCCCAAACUCGCCAAAAGACGCAACAGACAACUCCGCAUCAAGCUCUACUCGGCGGGGCUCUUCGCCUUCAGCACGCUGACGCGGGGUCCGACGCUGCUGCGGCUUCUGAUCCGAUCGCGGCUGGAGCCGGCCGACGCGCGCGAGGCGCACGCGCCCGACUUUUACAGCCUGGGGAUCAUGCUGCUGCUGAUGGACUUUAUCGGGCACGCGGGCCACGUCGGGACCACGUUCCGGCACCCCCCGAGCGGGAACGACGACGACGUCUGGAACCAGGAGGACAUGAGCAGCAGCAGCAACAUCCUGCUGACCACCAACGCGGUCGCGUGGCUGAGCCUGUCGACCCUGCUCGCCGUCAUGGCGCCCUUCGCCACCCGCGACGCCCUCUUUUGGCUCUCCAUCGCCUUUCAGAUCGCUGCAGGGUUCGUCAUGCCCGCCAGCGUCGCGCUGUGGCGGCGCCGAGAUGGGUUGGUGCGGCUGGCGGGGAGGUGGGUGCAUGGAGUGAUGCGGAGGUUGCGGAAGUUGCGGCCGGUGGACGGGGUUGCGGCUGGGGAUGCUGCUGCUGUCGAGGCUGCUCCUGGCGUAGUUGUGCUUGGAAAUGUUGCUUCUGGGGGUGAUGCUUCUCGAGAGGCUGCUGCUAGGGAAAUUGCUGCUCCAGAGCCUGCUCAUAUUCCAUCAGCAGCUUCGAGGGAGGCAACAUAA